GAGAGAGAGAGAGAGAGAGAGAGAGAGUAAAAUAGAAAGAGGGGGAAAGUAAAACUCUGCACAAAGAGACAGAGACCCUUUCCUGGAAAAGCCCCCACCACUGCAACACUAUCACCAUUGAGACAGAGCAACAAUAGAGUAUUAGUCAGAUAGAGGGGUGUGAUUGUCAUCUGGGCAAAGACAUAGGCAUUUAAGAAAACAUGUCCAACUCUAUCCUGAAGAGAAACUCCAGCAAGCAAGGCUUGCAAAACCUGUUAAGGGUGACAGCCCAGAGGAGUGUGGAGGAUGCUGAGGAGAUCGAGCGGGAGCGCCGACGGAGAGCCAGAGAGAGGCAGCAAGGCCAGGGACUCCCCCUCAGGCCCACAGGGCCAGCACUGGACAAUGGUCUCCACACAGAGGGUGCACUGUGUGACAGUGAGCUGAAGUCUGGUUGCCAAGUGGCUCUUGAGGAGGACGAAGGCUUUAGUGACUGGACACAGAGGUUGGAAAAACACAAACAACGCCACAUAGAGGAGCAAGAAGCCAGGGAUGACCGGGGACUCCAAUUUAAUGGAAACUACAGACCCAGUCCGAAAUCAGACUCAGUACCAAAUGAACAUGAGGAAGAGUGGGAGAGAAGCGUUAACAGGAAGACGCAAGAUGUGUCAAAAACGUUCACAGAUGACAAGGUGACAGAAAAGACAAAAGAAGUGAGGAUUUCAUACACCUCCAAAGUCUUCAUGCCACAGGACACAAGACAUUUGAACACUACUGGAGAUGGAGUGGAGAGGACAACAUAUCUAGUUGCAGGAAAACUUAGCCCUAGAAGCAGCUCCAGCCUGGCGGAUCAGGUGGACGUGGAUGGAGAAGUGGCAGACGACUCAUUGGAGGCCGAGCGGAGACUGGAGAAAAUAAGACGCAGCCAUGCAGAGAAAGAGAGGCAGGAGCUGGAGGAACUGAAACAGAGACAGGUCCUGGAGCAGCAGGAGCUGGAGGAGCUCAACAGCAGGAGGGGAGACAGACGCAGGCUCAGGGAGGAGGAGGAGUGCAGGAUGGAGGAAGAGAAGCAACACAAACAGAUGGAAGAAGUGGAAGAGAGACAGAAGAUGCGUGAGGAGAUUGAAAGGAGGAGGAUGGCAGCCACAGAGAGGAGGUUGAAGAAUCUCAGCGUCUCCAGCAAUGAGGGGGAAGAUCAUCUAAGCCCCUUUAUCCCAAUGAGUCCUACCUUCAAGAAACUCCUCAUUCAGUUUUAUCCAAAUGAAAUGGAGGAGAGAGUAACAGCAGAGAAUACAUGCACGAUUAAUGAAAGGACAGAGUCUCUAAACCGCUCUCUGAAGAAAAGUAACAGCCUAAGGAAGACUCUGCCACCCGUGGCUGUCUCUAAGAUCGACAACAGGCUGGAACAGUACACUCAAGCCAUCGAGAUCUCCACAAAGGAAGCCAAGGCAGCCAAACAGGCUUUGAUGGACCUUCCAAGUCCCACUGAGCCUGUCGCAGCCAAGAAGAACCUGUUUGAAGCUGGAGAUGCCUGGGGCCAAUGCUCCACUAAAGGCACACCAUCCAAGGAUUAUUCAUCACUGUCCCAGGACCCAGAGGGUAUAAAAGUCGGUGUGGCUAACCUCAUCACCCAAUGGGUGAGAGGGAGCUCUGAUGGUUCCUGCAAAAACUCCUCCUCCAAACCAGCAGAAAUAAAGCCAGGUGAUGUGCUAAACAAGAAGAAUCUGUGGGAGAAUUUAGGAGACACAUCAUCCUCUGGGAGAGGCGAGAGGGGGGCCUCUGGUAAAAGAUACAAAUAUGUGGUAACGGGACAUGGAAAGUACGAGAAAGUCCCAGUGACUGAGGACUAUGACGAAUACUCAAAUUGAAAAUCAAGUGGACAGUGCCAUGAGGAUUUUAAGGAAAGAUUUGUUUUGAUGACUAUGGUGACCACUCACCAUCUUGUUGACAUACAUUCUUUGCAUUUUAAACAUGCCUUCGACAAAACCUUACAAGAUCCUCUUUGAAACAAGGCUGUCUUGAUUAAUCUAUUUCUCCAUUUGAAAAGACACUGCCUACCUAGUAUACCCUUCACAAAGUAUCUUUCUGUUUCAAUAAGGCAAUAUUUUUUUAUAUAAGAAAAUAUUACUCAUUUUUGUCCUUUGAAUAAUUUGUUUUCUUGAUGUACUGUGUCCAAGCAGCAAAAUAUAAAUAAACUCAAUUCAUCGACUUGCCUUGUUUAUCAAAGGUUCUGCAAUGAUUC